CAGAUAAGAGACUCCCAACACCUAAAAUCAAGAUAAAAUUUGGGACCGGACCGGGUCAAGACCAGGCUAUAUCCAAUCCAAUCUUUGGUCCUUAUAUUCCCGAAAAAACCGGACUGGGACCGGAUCAAUUUGGUCCAAUUUAACCGGACCGGACCGUUUAGCCACCCCUACAUAAUAUGAUAAAAUGUAGUUAAAUUUUUGAAGAAAUUGAGGUUUUCACUUAUUCACAACUUUAUUAUAGCUAAAAUAUAAUGUAAUAAGAGGAAAAUCCUAAGUAAUUUGACUAAUAUUAUAUGUAAUAUAGGCAAGAACGGGUCGAGAAUGGAGCGGGUCAGGACAGGUCGAAUCGAUGAGAGGAACCCAUGCCCGCACCGUCCCGCCUACGGGGCGGGUUUGACCUACCCAAAACAAAUCAAACAGGUCGAGGAAAUCGGGUCAGGUCGAAAUUGUCAUCCCUAUUUGCGUUAAACCGUGCUUUUGGCUAUUGUCACGUGCCUGCAUUAAAUUCUUGUGAGGAUAGGGAAAUAGUGUAGUUAGUGAUGUUACUUGUGAGGAUAGUUUUCCGUUUUCAAAAAAAAAAAAAAAAUGUGAGGAUAGUAAGCUGUUAACUCUAAUACUCAUUGAAUAGUAUAUUUAGGGUUAAAUUACAUGUUUGGUCACUCAAAUUAUAUAAAUUUUUCACGUUUGCCACCUGAAUUACUUUUCUUUCUUAUUUGUCACUAAAUUUACGAAUUGUUUCACCGUUAGUCACCGGCCGUUAAUCUCCGUCAGAUUCCGUUAACUCCGUCAACUUUUUGAUGAUGUGGCAAACAGAACUACUGAGUGGGCUCACAAAAAGGCUGAGUCAUACAAAUUGACCGCCUAGUCAGCCUCAUCCAAUCCAAUUGACCAAAACUUAAUAUUUAAUUUUUCGACAUUUUCUUAAGAGCUAAAAAGAAAAAGAAAAUUAAAUCACAAUCUUCUCAUCCCCUCUUUCGUCUUACCCUUCCACUUCUCCUUCUUCUCCUCCACUCGCCGCCGUUCGAAUCAUCUGAAAGAAAUCUCCAAACCCUCAAGACCUCCUCUCAACCUUCCUAUGUUCUUCGUCUAGGAAGCGUCACUCCGUCGCCGUCUUGAUCGAGGGCAACAACAUCAAGCUCACCUCUGCCAAAUCCGGGAGCGUUACCGCUAGUUGUGGAUCUCGCAAUUGAAGCCGGUGUUGGGGAUCCCGCCAUCUCCCCCACAGCCGCUGCCGCCUUAUGUGAAGCCAUCUUCCCUUGCAGGCCCCAUCCAUCCGAGCUUAUGCAGCAUCCGUCUCGCUUCCAUCUCCCUAGCCGGAAAUCGCCUCGAUGGCUCAAUCCCUCCUUCAUUGUGGACCCUCCAAACCUCCAGCUCCUCUCGAAAUUCCCUUACCGGAACCAUCUUCAUCCCUAAAUCACCCAGUCCUACAUUGGCACAGUCUAUCGACCCCAGCCACAACUUGCUAUCCGGCCAAAUCCCUACCAGCAAAAUCUCGAGUAGCUUGCUAGCGGUUAAGAAGCUAAGCCAUGCCAACUUCAAGGGUAACAAACUCUGUGGAGAGAUUUCGCGUGCUGCUUCGGUUUCACCGGCCUGUUCAGCUUCCCCACAUCGGAUGGAGUCGAUGACUUCUCAAACAUCCCUUACUUUUCUAUCAUCAUCACCCCUUUUUUCCGCGUUCAAUUCGUCGUCUACUGUGGAGGGGGAUGAGUCGUCGUGGUUGAGAUUGAAAUUGAGGGCGGUGGAGGAAGGGCGUGAGAUUGAAAAUGAGUCGUCGUCUUCGCCCCUCUUUCUCUCUGACCCGGAUUCCCAAUUCCCCAAAUCGAAAGACGCGACUUCUGAGAGCGAACGGUGUUUCGAGGCGGAGGAUGGCGACAAGUGGUUCAAGGGCGUGGGAUUAUCUGGCCUCCGUAACUACAUGAGGCAGCUUCGACCCGUCGGUGGUUGUAGCUGGCGGGGCAGUUGAUGGUGAUGGCUCCAUUUCCAUAGGUCGGUGAUGGAUGGAAGAGGGAAGGGAAUUUAGAAAUUGUACUUUUAAUUGGGUUGGGUGAGGCUGACCAUGCGGUCAAAAAAAAUUAAAAAAAAUUACAUGUCACUAAGUUAACGGUCCAGUCCGCAUUUCUGUUUGCCACAUCAUCAAAAAACUGACGGAGUUAAUGGUGUCUAACGGAAACUAACGGUCGGUGACCAAUGGUGAAACGAUUCGCAAAGUUAGUGGUCAAUAAGAAAGAAAAGUAAUCCGAGUGGCAAACGUGAAAUAUUUAUGUAAUUCGAGUGACCAAACGUGUAAUUUAGCCGUAUAUUUAGUAUUGAUAAUGUAUGUGCUAGGAGCGUGUGGGAUUGAAUGGUGGAGCUAUGUAUGAUGAUUGAGAUAAAAAAAAUUUUGCUAGCGUCGGUCAGUCUGAGCUUAUCAAGUUAACAUUUUAGGUCGGAAUGUGAAUAGGGCGACUCGUCAUGUUCUGAGGAUAGUCUUUGAUCUUCACUUGUUCAGGUGUAUUGACUUUACUUCUUGAUUAUUGAACCUUUCGAACAUGUAUCUCGUGCAAUUAUAUCUAUAAAAGAACAAGUAAGGUUUUUACGGUUCCUUAAUGUCAACUGUCAAAUCAAGAGGGGAUUAAAAUAAUUAUUUUAUUAUCAAGAGAGUCUUCAGUUUUUCCACGCAGAAGAGGGGAAGAACAAGUAAGGUUUUUACUGUUCCUUAGUGUCAAAUCAAGAGGGGAUUAAAAAAAUUAUUUUAUUAUCAAGGGGAGAAGUUCUCUAUUGUGAUUGGGUUAUUUGUUGGUGAUUAGAUCUUUAAAAGAACAAGUAAGAAUUUUACUGUUACUUAGUGUCAAAUCAAUAAGGGCAAAACCUGAUUUUUUAGCCCCCUACUUAUUAACUAUGUUGUCUUUUCAAUAAGAGAUUUUUUUAUAUCUACUUAUUAACUAGGUUGUCUUUUCAAUAAGAGAGUUUUUUAUAAUUAUUCUUUGCUUUCUUUUUGUUAUUCUUUCUUUUAUCUCCCUCCUACUCCAUCUCACUCAUCUCAACAAGUAAAGUUUUUACUGUUCCUUAGUGUCAAAUCAAGAGGAAAUUAAAAAAAUCAUUUUAUUAUCAAGAGAGUCUUCAGUUUUUCCACUCAAAAUAGGGGAAGAACAAGUAAGGUUUUUACUGUUCCUUAGUGUCAAAUCAAGAGAGGAUUAAAAAAAUCAUUUUAUUAUCAAGGGGAGAAGUUCUCUAUUGUGAUUGGAUUAUUUGUCGGUGAUUAGAUCUUCAAAAGAACAAGUAAGAAUUUUACUGUUCCUUAGUGUCAAAUCAAUGGGGUAAAACCUGAUUUUUUAGCCCCUACUUAUUAACUAGGUUGUCUUUUCAAUAGGAGAGUUUUUUUUAUAUCUACUUAUUAACUAGGUUGUCUUUUCAAUAAGAGAUUUUUUUAUAAUUAUUCUUUGCUUUCUUUUUGUUAUUCUUUCUUUUAUCUCCCUUCUACUCCAUCUCACUCAUCUCAUCUCCAUUCACUUCUCUCUGCUCCAAGAAGAAAAUGGAAAACAGGGAAAAACAUCCCACAACCCACUCAGAAAGAAAAGAAAGAAGCAAUUGAGGAGAAGAAGAAGAGGUGAUGUCUCUCUUCCUUUUCUUUUGUUGUUUUUUAUUUUUAUUAGUUUAUCUCUUAACUUCUCCAACAUUAAUCAACAUCUCUCUCCUCAUCUCUUCCAUUUUAGCGCACUCUCUUCUCAUUUUUCCCUAAAAAAUCUCUCCAUCUCCUUCUAGCUUGAAGAUGAACGCAGAUGACGAUGGUGACCGGAAUGAGGCCGUUUACAUGCUUGAUGUCAUGUGUGAUUUGGGUUCCAUGUUUCUUCUGCGUUCAAGCUCUUAAGUUUGUCUUUUAGAUAUACUUGAAUGAGUUGUUGUGGUUAUGUCUUGACUUUUACAUAAUGCAAUCAAUUGAUCUGAUUACC